AUGAAUACAACUUGCCAUAUUUGUGUUAAAGUGUUUAGUUGGUCUAAAAGCCUUAAAAGACAUUUAAAAUUACAUCAAAAUAAAGAGAAAAUCGGGUGUAAUAUUUGCAGGAAAGGCUUUAGCCGUGCUGAUGCUUUACAACGGCAUAAAAAGAUUCACUAUUAUUCUAAUAAAAAACGAAAGAUUAACCACCAAGCAGAAAAUAUUUUACCCAAAAAAAUCAAAAAAUUUACCAUGAAAUAUUGUGAUGUUUGUGAAAGUGAAAUUCUUGAAAACUCAUGGUAUCACCAUAUUAGGACAAUUAGUCAUAAAUUAAAGGCUGAUAUUUUGCUAUCUCAAGAUUUUCCCGAAAAUGUGAAAUCAGAAUUAAAUUUAAAAUUAGAUGAAGCUCGAGAUCAGCAUAUAUCAAUUAAAUUCAACUUAGAAUUAUUUGCAAAGUUCAUCAAACCAAAAAAUUCUGAUGAGAGUGUUGAUAGUGAAGAAAGUAUUAAGUCAUUUAAUACUAAAAGGGUUGUUACUCGUAUUGAUCGUAGUACUGAAAUCAAUAACGUGUUUGAAGAUAUGAUCAGCGUUAUAAAAACUCAGGCUGAAGAAUUUCAGGAAAAAGAUAGCGGAUGGUCUCUGGCCUAG